AGUUUAAGAAAUAUUCAAUUCCCUAUUCGAUGGAAAGUCGACUCCUCUUGGAUAGAAACAAUAGCUUUUGAUAAUUCUUUUGUUAAAGCUGUUAUACCAUUUUAAUAUAAAUAAACAAGAUAUUUUUUACGUAAUUUAUCUAUAAAUAUAGAUUUUCCUUCUUUUAGUUAGUAAAUCCGUUCUAACUCCUAUUCACCUUGGAGUUUUUAUCAUUUUUCAUAUUGACCUUAGGAAAGACACAGGAAGAAUAUUAAUUCAAUAGAUACUUAAGUUGACAAACCAGUUCAUUUGUCAUUCAAUAUAUUGCAGUCAAACGGAUAAUAUGUAUAGUUUCAACUACUUUCAAUUAAUAAUCCUUAUUGAUUGUUUAAUAAUCAUGAAAAUUGAGUGUUUAAUUGGUAAAAAUGUAUUAACGUUUCCAAAUUACAAAAUGGAUGAUAUUACAAUACCUUCACUAGAAAAUGAUAACUCUUUCUAUGGUAUUAAUAUAUUUAAGAAACCUGACAAUUCAUUUAAUGAAAGAGGAUUUAUUGUUGAAUGGAAGUUUAUCAGAGCAAAUAAUGAACAAUGUUACUUCGGUAACAGCUUUUCAUUUUUCACUUUAAGCCUUUUCUUUGUAUUCUAUUAUUAUUACUAAUCAUAAUAAAAACUAAACCUAAAUAUUGCUAACUGUAUAGGUGUUUGGACUCGCCUCAUUUCCGGAAAAUAUCAAAUAAACAGCGCUUACGAAGUGCCUAUGGCUAAAAAUUAUGUCAUUAGUACCUUGAAACUAGUGAAUCCUAUACUUAUACAAGCUAAUGACGUCUUCGGUUUACAUGGGAGCGAUUGUAUUGGUUCUAUUAAAAAUAUACAAGCAAGUAUUCCUUUGUCGGAGAGAUUGACAAACAGAGACGUAAAUAGUACACUACUUCCCGGUUUCAUUGUACAAGUAAAAGAGGAAGCUGACAAUUAUCUAUAUAUGAUUCAGGCCAGUAUAAUAAAAGAUUAUAAAACAAUAGAUAUUCAACUUCCCAAAAGUAUACACAGAACGUCUUUCGACGCUUUCCAAUCUCCCUCCUACUUAGCAGUUUUCCUGAACGCAAUCUACAAUGUUUAUAGUAUAGAACUAUUCGUUCUUAAAGAGGACGCGAGAUUUUUUAUGAGGCACGAAGGAUACGAAGUUCUUAAACCGUACGCAACUGGAUCGGCGUCGACAAGCCAAGGAAGUAUAAGCCAUUGCGUUUAUGUUCAUACUUCAAUAUGGAAAUCAAGAUUUUGGACAUUUGAUGUGGACAUUAAACCAUCGGGUACAACGACAAAAAGCUUACAUUAUAAGCCAACUUUGGAAGAAUUAAAUAAUCCAAUUAAUUAUAAAUAUGAUCCAAAGUUUCAAUUCUACAGUAAUUUUACACUUGGAACAACGUAUUUUAAUACGUCAAUGUGUCAAACUUCAUCAAAAAGCUACAAAAACUCAACAACAAAUCUAUAUGAUUACUAUAUCUAUUCCUCAUUGAAAAAGUCAGAAAGUGAUAUAUUUACUAUCAAUGAAACGAAUUACUGCGGUAAAACAAAUAAAGAGCAAGACUAUCAAAUAUUUUGCGAUGAUUUAACAAUCAAAUCAAAUACUGUACUUAUAAAAAAAGAAAGAAAUAAUAAUCCAAGUGAAGAUAGCGAAAGAAUUUGCGAAGUUAACGUCUAUGGCUUUUAUGUAGAAGAUGAUCGUUUGUAUCAUAAACUUAUAAGCUAUCACUGUCGUGAAAAAAGUACGUUUUCUUCCUGUAGAUUAUCCAAAUAUUGCAAAAAAUAAGCCUAGUUGGUCUUCAUCCGUCUAUCAGUAUUUAAAUAGGGGAGGAUAUUCCGGCUAUUCGGUAGAUAAUAAUAGUAGAGAUUCUUUUUGGGUUGACGGAUGUUCUGUAACCGAAAUUGGCGAAAGAGAAUGGUUAAUUAUUGAUUUAUUACAAUUAUAUAUAAUACAAAAAAUUGGUUUUGUCGCUAGAAAUGGAUAUGGUAAAAACUAAUUAUAUAUAACACAAGGAUGUUUUAAAAUUUUGUGAUGUGUUUUUUUUUUAUUUUAUCUUUUUAUAGCCCAGCUUGUUCAACCUAGAUCAUUCGAGUACACAAUUAAUUUUUUAAUAGACUUUCAACAACUAUCCGAUGAUUCAUUAUUCUAUAAAAAGUUUUGUAUUAAUGAUAACAUCAAACUUGAUAUAUUAAAGCAUGUUGGAGCUUCCUUCUUCUUCGUUUGUAAUGAUAAUGAACAAGCAAGAUUUGUUAGAUUUAGUACGAUAAACGGAAGUAUUGAAAUAUGUGAAUUAUUAAUAUUUGGCAAACAGGAGGUAAAUAACGAAGAAAUUAUCGAUGCUAGCUUAGUUGACGUUUCCGAUUAUGAUGAAUUCAAUCAAAACUUAUCUCUAACUAUAGACAAAAAUGCUUUAAACAUUUAUGACUUUUAUUCACGUGACAUUUGCUUUCAAUUUGAAAAUGCCAAAAGUUCCUGGAUUGCCUUUUACUUCCUCAACUAUAGUCAUAUAAAAUUUCAAGAAAUUAUAUUAAACGUUCAAACUCCGAUAGGUCAUGCUGCGUUUAUUAUACUAUAUAUAUUUUUUAUAUUGAAAUAUAAAUAUGCUAUUGAAAUUAAUAUUUGUAUUAUUUAUUUAUUCGCAGGCAUUAUUGACAAGUUACAUACUUAUAUACUUCAAAAUUGGCCAGGUCAAAACGAUUUCAAUUCCAAUAGAAAGUGUACAUUUACUAAUUAUACUGAGGGUGUUAAUUGGCCGCUAUUUUUUAAAUGUAAUAAUACUGGAAGAAUUUCAUUCAUAACAGGAAUUAAUUCUAUUGAAUUAACAAUAUGCGAAGUUAUCAUAUACGGUAACAAAAUUCCAGAAACACCGAUUGACGGCAUUAUUUAUCCAGUUGCUUUUGGAGAAAUGGUCGGUAACCAAGUCUAUGAAAAAAUCCCUGUAUUGCAAAAUUUCUCUGUGAAUGGCUAUAGGAAUUUCUCUCUAAAAUUGGAAAGUUGCGGAAAUAUAACAUCAAUAGUUUUUAAAACAACGCAACCAUUAACGAAUAAUAUUAAUAUAGAUAUUUCACCUCAAGGAUCAAGACUAAAUGCAACUGAAUGCAAUUAUUAUAUUCCAAGAAGGUGGUUACAAGUCCCAAAUGCUGAUAACGUAUAUACUUACGUAAUCAAAUGUUAUAAGCCUACUUUUGGCAUGUACUUGCAUUUGACGUCUAAUGGGAGUUUACCAAAGCUUGAUAUACAAAUCUUUGGUCAAAAAUUAGGUUCUAUCUAUUAUAACUUAUUGCAAACAACCAAGUAUGAAAUGAAAGGUAUAAACUGUGAUACCUUAAAGUCGUGUUCAGAUAUUUGUUCAAUUCACUCAAAUUGUACUGGAUUUACUUUUCCAAACGGCUCAUUGCAGUUUGGCUAUACUUUAAAGAGCUUGAACAGCAAUAGUGACAGAAAGUAUUACGAGAAAGAGUGCACAACACGAACAGCAAGACCGACUUGCUAAGAGUUUAUUCUGUUCAUAAGAAAUAUUUGUGUACUUUCAGUAAUUUCCUUUCACAUAAAAGACGCCUAUUGGAUAUUAAUAUCUAGGGAAAUUUACCCUAUUGUAUUCCCUGACACACCCAUUAAAAUUGUUAGUUGCUCUUUUAAGUGUCUUUGAAAAUCGUCUAAAUAUAUCCAAGAGUAUUUGUAUCACUUUCAAUGUCUUAAUAUUGAUCAUCUCUAUUUUAAUAAAUUAGAGUGAAUUCUAUCCUCUAUAGUAAAAAACACCAAUAAACAUUUCGAUAAUUCAAUUUUCACAACUUAUGUGACAUUGAGAUACUAAUUUCGUUUGUUCAAGUAAUUUCACCGUAAGUACGCCUUUAGUAUAUCAUGUAAGUUAACUCCUCUAGAAGUAAAAUUGAUUAGCUCUAAAAAAAAGCUUGUACAAGUGCUAGAAGUAUUCAUUCACCAAAC